AAUAACAGGCUAUGUUUUAUUUCAAGUUCCUACUUCCUGAAACGGAGGCCAUUUGUGAGAAACAGUAUAUUUCAGGGAGUUUGUGCUAUAAUUGAUUUUUUUCAGAGUUAGAUUUGCUGGUUUUAAAGUGUUUCCUCUUCGAGAUAAAGGACGUUCUUCUACAUCAGAAAUGGAUUGAAAUCUGAUAAACACAGAUUUUGGCCUCUCCACUCCCCAGUCUUCAUCCGCUAUUGCUGCAGCGCCACUGUUCUCCAUCUGCUGCUCUCAAAAUCGGAGAUUGACGGCCUCCAGGGUUCACACGUGUUUCAGGCAACCUGAGAUAAUUUGAACUUCUAAGCAGCCGUAAUUGAUCACCGUAGACCCAGGGACACUCGACUCAUCAUCGAGGGAGGGUAAUCAUCAUGAAUAAUCAAAAAGCUGUAGCUGCGCUACUGCAAGAGUGCAAGCAAGUGCUGGACCAGCUCUUGGUGGAGGCGUCAGAUGUGUCUGAGGAGGACAAGAGGGAGGACCAGCGGUGCAGAGCUUCACUCCCCAGCGAGUUAAGAACCCUGAUCCAGGAGGCAAAGGAAAUGAAGUGGCCCUUCGUGCCUGAAAAGUGGCAGUACAAACAAGCCGUGGGCCCAGAGGACAAAACAAACCUGCAAGAUGUGAUUGGCGCCGGAUUGCAGCAGUUACUGGCGUCCCUGAGAGCCUCCAUCCUCGCCCGGGACUGCGCCACCGCCGCUGCCAUUGUGUUCCUGAGCGACCGGUUCCUGUACGGGCUCGACGUCUCGGGCGAACUCCUGCAGGUCGCCAAAGGGCUGCACAGGCUGCAGCCAGCCACGCCGCUCGCCCCGCAGGUGGUCAUUCGCCAAGCCCGAAUCUCGAUGCACUCAGGGAAACUUUUAAAAGCAGAGUAUAUCCUGAGCAGUCUAAUAAGCAACAAUGGAGCAACAGGUACCUGGCUGUACAGAAAUGAAAGCGACAAGGUCCUGGUGCAGUCGGUCUGUGUACAGAUCAGAGGGCAAAUUCUGCAGAAAUUGGGGAUGUGGUACGAAGCAGCAGAGUUAAUAUGGGCCUCAAUCAUAGGAUAUCUGACACUUCCUCAGCCAGAUAAAAAGGGCAUUUCCACAUCACUAGGUAUACUGGCAGACAUCUUUGUUUCCAUGAGCAAGAAAGAUUAUGAAAAGUUUAAAAGUAAUCCUGAAAUUAACUUGGGCUUGCUGAGGGAGUUUGACCACCAUUUGCUGUCAGCCGCUGAAGCCUGCAAGCUGGCAUCUGCCUUCAGUCCCUACACGCCCCUCUUCGUGCUCACGGCUAUGAAUAUUCGUGGUACAUGCCUGUUGUCAUAUAGUAGUUCUAGUGACUGUCCUCCAGGAAUGAAAAAUUCAUAUCUGUGUGAAGCCAAAGAGGCCUUUGAAAUUGGCCUCCUCACCAAGAAAUGUGAUGAACCAGUUACUGGAAAACAGGAGCUGCAUAGUUUUCUCAAAGCUGCUUUCGGUCUCACCACGGUGCACCAAAGGCUCUGUGCGGAGAUGGAGACGGUCCACACAGCAAGUCAGCUCUGUAGUGAGGCUAUGGGGAAGCUGUACACUUUUGGUACUUCCUCCGGAAGUCAGGAGAGAGAAGCUAUCUCUCGGGAAAUCAUGUCUGUUAUCGCCCAGGUGAAGGAACAGUUACAGGUUCAGAGCUUCUCAAAUUUAGACGACAAGUCUUAUGUUCCAGAGAGUUUCAAGUGCAGGCUGGAGAAACCCAUCUUGCAUGGGCCAGUGGAUUUCCAAAGAAUUCUUGAAACCUAUUCACAGCACCACACUUCGGUGUGUGAAAUAUUUGAAAACACUUGUGGAAACAACAAAAAUAAACAGAAAGGUACAAAAACAGGAGUCUGUAUCACUGAUCUAAAAACAGAAACAAAAAACAUAGAUACUGUGAGUACUACUGAGGACAAACCACGUUUUGAAAAAGGUAUGGUAAUAUCUUCCUCCCAAAUGGCUAAGAACCGUCAGAAGAAACUCAGGAGGGUAGGAGGGAGAAACUGGACUGGUUCUGAUGCAUUUCGAGUCUCCGUGGAUGAAGAUGUGGAGACUGAGGCUGAGUCGACAGACCACAGCCAUGGUGGGGGAGCUGUUUUGAACAAGUGUCUGAGUGACAGACAGAGCUCCAGUUCUUGGAGCAGGUUAUCAGGGUGUAGCUCUUCUACAAGCUGGGAGGAAGUGAAUUACCAUGUUGAUGAUCUGUCAGCCAGAAGAGAGCCCGGCAGGGAAGCACAUCCUGUGGACACACAGUGUUCCACUGCCCCGUCGGAAGAACUGGAGAUCAAUGGGGAGAGUGGAGCUGUACAUCCGCUGUCUUCAGAGCUUCAUGGUCUCUCUCUCCAGGUGUCCAAGGAUGACAGUGUAGAGUCGUCUCAAAGUCAACUAUACAAGCCCAUGCCCUUCCCUCCUCAUAACACAACAGGCACUUUGUUGGCCUCAGGUGCAGGGCUAUUCAAAGGAGCUCCAGAAAGUAUGCGGGAAGUCAGAAAUGUGGGGUCCAGAAAUACUUCUGCUCGUUCCAGACCCUCAUUUGGUUCUGCUUCUUGGUCUUCUGAUUCCGAUUGGCCCAAGAACAUGGCCGCAUAUCCUUCUAUCCAAGAAGAAGAAACCUUUGAAAUAAUUGAUACGUUUCCAGAAAUCAACCAUGAUGCCAAAGACAGGCAUGAAGAAGAGAAGAGAGAAGACAUCAAAGGAGACACAGGCCCUGCAUUUAAAGAUAGCCCCUGCUGGGUUGACCCAGAAGAAGAAACAGCAGAGAGUGCAGAGGAUGUGCCCGUAGACUUCCACAUAGUCGUGGACAAGUCCCUGGGCAAAAGUUCCAUGAGAGCAUGUGACUCUUUCACUCCUCCUUGGCUUGUUCAGAAUCCUGACUCAGGGAAAAGUGGUGGCUCAGUCAAAGAACACGGCAUUGACCCUGAUGCCUCCACCGUGGGUGAGGAGAGCCAACUGCUGGACAGCACAGAUGUUCACACCACAAGCACACAUGGCUCUCGCAGACCAUGUGCUCUGAGGCAGCUGCGUGGUCAGGGAGCCCAGAUCCCCAGUUCCUUGGUAAGCGGUAACACUUCCAUCCCUGUCCUCAGUGAGGACUGCACUACAACAGAAGAAGCAAAGGAACCUGGAAACCUGCUAAACUGGAGCCAGAACUCCGGUUCAUCCUCAGCAUGGUGGUUGAAAUCUCCCGCAGUUUCCAGCGGUUCUUCUGAGGGAGAAAACCCAUGGUCCUUUCUGAGUUCCAGUGGAAGUUCUUUUGUUUCGUUGCCAGGAAUGAUGAGGCAAGGGAUCCUUGAGGCGCGCACCCUGCAGCCUGACGACUUUGAGAAACUCUUGGCAGGGGUGAGACAUGAUUGGCUGUUCCAGAGACUGGAAAAUACGGGAGUUUUUAAGUCCAGGCAACUCCACGGAGCGCAUAGUGCUCUUUUGUUAAAAUAUUCUAAGAAAUCAGAACUGUGGACAGCGCAAGAAACUGUUGUAUAUUUGGGGGACUACCUGAAUGUGAAGAAGAAAGGCAGACAAAGAAAUGCAUUUUGGGUACACCAUCUUCAUCAAGAAGAAACUCUGGGGAGAUAUGUUGGGAAAGAAUACAAGGAGCAGAAGGGGCUCUGGCACCACUUCGUGGAUGUGGAGAGGCAGAUGACUGCACAGCACUACGUGACGGAAUUUAACAAGAGACUUUAUGAACAAAAGAUUCAUACUCAGAUAUUCUACAUACCAUCCUCAAUAUUACUGAUUUUGGAGGGCAAGACAAUUAAAGGAUGUGUCAGUGUGGAACCUUACAUACUGGGAGAAUUUGUAAAAUUAUCAAACAACACGAAAGUCGUGAAAACAGAAUACAAAGCCACAGAAUAUGGCUUGGCUUAUGGCCACUUUUCUUAUGAGUUUUCUAAUCAUAAAGAUGUUGUGGUCGACUUACAAGGUUGGGUGACUGGUAAUGGAAAAGGGCUCAUCUACCUCACAGAUCCCCAGAUUCACUCAGUUGAUCAGAAAGAUGUCACUACCAAUUUUGGAAAGAGGGGAAUUUUUUACUUCUUUAAUAACCAGCAUGUGGAGUGUAAUGAAAUAUGCCAUCGUCUUUCUUUGACAAGACCUUCAGUUGAGAAACCAAAUAAUUCGUAGACUGUGUGGAGUGAUAAUGGCCACUUAGUGCUGCUCACCAGUGCCGCACUCCUCUCCUUCCAGGCACACAGCGUAUCACACAGCCUGGUCCCUUUGGGUUUAGGUGGGGCCAUGGGACUAGUGCCGGCCAGUGAUCUGUAAGAGGAAUUGAUGAGUGUCACUUGCAGGCCCAUAUUAAAUUGCCAGGGCAACACACUAGAGUCUCUUUCCCUUCGCACAAUUGCCAAGAGAACUUCAAGAGAUAGCUGCUCAUCAGCAUAAGUGCUGCAAUGAGGAAGACACAGGAAGGAGCCCCACUGACCCACGGUGGACACAAAGCACGUAUGAGAAAUAAACUUUUCUGGCUUAAGCCAUAGAGAUUUUGGAGCUUUUGUCACUAUCCAUCAAGACCGAUACUAUUGGUGAUUUUCUUAUUGAUUUAGGAGUUCUUUACAUAUAUAUUAAAGAAUACAGGCCUUUGUGAUAUGUGUUCCAGUUUUUGUUUGUUUGUCUUUUGACUUUGUAUGAAAUUUUUUUCCAUGCAGAAUUUGUUUCAUACAGUUGAAUUCAUCAGUCUUUUAUUUUAUGGCUUCUCGGUUAUAUGUCAUCCGUAGAUCUUCCCUACUCUGGGCUUCAUUAUUUUUAAUCCUCCCAUAUUUUCUUCCAGUGCAUUUACAUUUGUGAGCGGUCUGAGGGGAGACGGUGCAUUUUGAUGGCCACCACAGUCUGCCCUUGCACCACACAGAUCUGCCGCUUCACACGGGUUUGUGGAGCAGCGCCUCCAUGGUCUUGCUGAAAGAAGUUUACAAAAAGGAGAUUGGUGAAAUAUUCCUUUACAGCAGUUAUUCUUAGGGGCUGCAACUGGUACACACUCUCUCCCUCCUCCACUGUUCAUUCUAAAUUUCCCUCAGCAAGUCGUAGUGCUUUACCUAGUGGUAUGACUCAGGCCUACAUACAUGAAGGUUCUGAAUUCUAAAUAGUUUUCUCAGUUUGAGUUUACUGCACAAGUGUGUUCACAGUUGCAAAUGGAGCAGGUGAGAACCGUUCAAAUCUGCUGCUGUGGGAGUAUGGUUGACUGACACCCCCAGCUUGCAUCCCUCUGGAUCCACCACUGGGUUCACCAUGAAGUCAUGCUCCCCCAGUGUGCUCUCAGCCAGUGACUAAGUAAGGCAAGGAUGCCAGGCUGAAAAUACUUCUAAUGGGUAAGUGUGCACAAAAUUGUCCCACUGGCCUGACCAAAGCCUUCUUAGAACUCUGCUGUGCUCUCUACUGAGACUCUUCCUGCCCAGUCAUCCUCUGUUCGCCCUCUCCUUUCAGAGUGCCAGACCUCCACCAUGGUCUCCUUGCACACUCCUGUUCCUCUGCUUGAUCCUUUACAGUCAUUUCUCCCAAUAAAUGUCUAUGUCUAAUCCCUUCUUGGCAUCUGCUUCUUGAAAAACCCAAACUAACAAAAGUUUAUUAAAGUUUAAAAGUGUAUCCUAUUAACAAAAUAAAGGGUGAAAAUCAUAUUAUAAUCUCAAAGAUGCAGAAAAAUCAUUUAAUAACAUUGAAAAUCAAUUUAUGGUUAAAAAAAGCUCUUUGCAAACUAGGCAGAAAAGUUCUGAAUCUGAUAAAAGGUAUUUAUUUUUUUAAACAGCAAUAUCAUAAUUGAUAGUGAAGCACUUAAAGUAUUUCAUUUGAGAAAGGAAAUUUGCUCACUGUGCCAACCCUAGCCACCAUUUGGAAAAAUCAGAAAAUGUAUAUAUUGUCUCUGCCCCUGGUUCCUGGCGCAGAGCUCCUAAGUCCCUUGGAAUUUCCUGGUGAUAGGAGUGUCUCUUGUUAUAAUGACUCUACACCUCAAUCAAUCAUCACUAAAAGUGGGACAGUAAAUCAAUAAGAAAAUAACAUUUGGGGGACAAUUAGGGAUUUUUAACAUGUAUUGAGUGUUAGAUAAAAUUAAUGGAGUGAUGUCUUUUAAAAAUACUAAAGCCAAAAAAAGUGGGGAAGAAGUGAAAGAAGCUUGGCUCUUUCUUGACAGUGUUCAAGCGAGGAGAAGGGUACAUAAGGAUUCAUUACACUAGUCUUUCCCCUUUUAUGUGUAUUUUUAAAUCUCCACAAUUUUUUUUCAAUGUGAGAUCAUAUAAAGGAAAAAAUACUAAGAAAAAUCCAAAGAAUUGGAUAGAUGGAGAUGAUGAAAACUAAGAUUUACAUCAAACAAACUCAUCAGAAAUGAAUAUGAGGAGUGCUUGACAAUGUAAAACUCUGCAGAAAAAUCGAGAAGAAAUAGAAUUAUGUAUUGGGCGAGAGAAUGAGGACAUUGAAAAGAGGUUGCUGGCAGCAAAAAGAAGCCAUUAACUGACUGAGUGAUGUUUUGGAUGUUGUAGAACAAGGAGCAGCAAACUGUGGCCGAUGGGUCAAAUCCUGCUGCCACCUGUUUUUGUAAAUAAGGUUUUACUGUAGCACAGUACACUCAUCCAGUUAUGUAUCGCCUUUGGCUGAUUUUGUGUUCAAAACUCAGCAAUGGCAGAGUUGAACAGUUGUGUCAGAGAGUAUUUGUCCUGAAAAGUCAAAAAUAUUUACUAUCUGGCCCUUUACAAAAAAAGUUUGUCAACCCUUGUUGUAGGAGAUGAAAUUGGAAAAAAAGAAAAGAAAGGUCAGGAUGUUUACAUAGUUUGUUACAUAUAGUUUGUUGGUUACAUAUUACAAAGAAACAUGAAAUAUUGAUAUCUCCACCAACAUAAAAUAAAAAGGGGUAAUAAUGGGUGAAGAAACUAGAAAUUGAAGUAAUAGACAAAGAAGUUAUUAGAAAGCAUAUGUCAGGACACAUUUUUCUUCGUGAAAUGAAAAAGUUAGGACACGUGCUAAGUGAGAUGAGUCUAGCAAAGUCAGGAAUUUUAAAGGAAUAAAGAUUUUGAAACAAUAGAUAUCUCUAUAUUUUAAAAGGCAGAAACAAAACUAUUGAGAGGAAUUUGCAGAAAAUUACAUUUUUUAGAAAUCACUUAAAAUUGUUAUUUAUUUACACCAACACCCGUAUAUCUGGCUUAAGAAAUUAAAUGUAAUACUACUGUUGAAUCCUUCAAUAGAUCCAUCCCUGAUCUCUACCUCCUUCUUCCCCUCCAGGCAAUCACUGCCCAGAAACUGUGGAUUAUCAUUCCCCUUAAUGUUGUUACACAUUUAUUUAAUGUUAUACACUUAUAUUUUGUAUACAAGUAAGAAUAAAUAUCCACUAUUAGUUUUUUUAUGUAGCAUAACCUAAUUAAGAGUCUACUCUAAUGGAUAGAAGUGAGUACACAACUUACACCCACAUUCAAGGGGAGGGAAUUAUGAAAGGGUGUGAUUCAUCGGGGUUUACCUUAGAGUGUAUCCACACAAAAGGGUUAAAGAGAGAAGAGAGGAAAAGAAUUGGAGGAUGAGCACAUAAAACACUCUACGCAUUUUGCUGUAAUCGGGGACAAAGAAAUGGCUUGGUAAGUAGUGGGGAAAGUGGAAUCAAAAGAUACACAGUUUUUUUGUAAAUGUGAGAAAUUACAGCGUAUCGAAGGGAGAGUUACAGAAGAGACUGAAAAAAUGAUGAUACAGGGAAAAAAGAAUGGAGAAUUGUUGGUGCAAAGCCCUUGAGUAGGUGAGAGGGAUGGAAUCAGUAUACAAAUGGAGGAAAUGGCUUUAGACCAAAGCAUGGAUAGUUUAUCCACAGUAACAGGUGAAGAGGCAGAGUCCUAAGUGCAAUGCACAGGGGCAUGAAUAGGUAAUGUAGGUAAUAAUGUGAGGAAACUCUCUGUGAGUCCUUCAGUCUAGCUCUUCUGGAAUUCAUUUCUCUCUCUGUCCCUAUGACCAGAACCUUAAUUGAGGUCGGUGUGAUCUGUGACUCCAGCGUUGUCCCACAUCUUCCUCUGAGAUACUGGUGAUCUCUCUUAAAUACAAACAUUAUCAUGUCAUUAACUUGCUUCAAAUCCUACCAAAAAACAUUAACAAACAAGGAGGAAAAAAUAGACAGUGUGAAUAGUGAAUUUACACAAAAAAGGAAAUACUAUUUUCACUCAUCAAAUCACAAAUAUGUUAAAAGUUAAUACCUAAUUCUGGAAAGGUUGGAAGAAAGUCUUAUAACUGAUGAAGGGAAUAUAAACUAUGACAGCCUUUAUGGGAAGAAAUUUGACAAUAUAUAAUGUCCAUUCUUGGACCCAGUAAUUUUUUUUUUUUUGCUCUUUAUUGGAAUAUAAUUGCUUUACGCUCUUGUACCAGUUUUUGAGGUACACCAAAGUCAAUCAGCUGUAUUUAUACACAUAUCCUCAUAUUCCCUCCCUGCCACGACUCCCCCCCCCCCCGCCCCCCUUGGACCCAGUAAUUCUACUUCUACAAAUCUCUAAUGAGGAAAUAAUCAGAAAUGAGAACAAAGUUUAUAUAAAAGCAUGUCUAUUAUAACUUUACUUAUGGUAGUAAAGAAAUAAUUUAACUUUUCAAGAGCAGGGAAAUAGUUUUAUUUAUUAUAAUUUAUCCAUAUGCCUAAAUAUUAUUCAUCCAUUGAAACUGUAUAUUUUCAAAUAUUUUAAUUAUAUACAAACUUUGAAGUAAAAAAAUAGCAAUCUAUAAAAUAGCACUUAUAGGCAUUUCCCUGGUGGCACAGUGGUUAAGCAUCCACCUGCCAAUGCAGGGAACACGGGUUCGAUCCCUGGUCCAGGAAGAUCCCACUUGCCUCAGAGCAACUAAACCCAUGCGCCACAACUAUUGAGCCUGCACUCUAGAAUAUGUGAGCCACAACUAUUGAGCCCACGUGCCACAACUACUGAAGCCCACGCGCCUACAGCCCAUGCUCUACAACAAGAGAAGACACUGCAAUGAGAAGCCAGUGCACCACUACAAAGAAUAGCCCCUGCUCACCACAACUAGAGAAAGCCCAUGCACAGCAACGAAGACCCAAUGCAGCCAAUAAAUAAAUAAAUAAAUUUUUAAAAAUAAAUAAAAUAGCCCUUAUAGUGUUGAUCACAAUUUCAGUAUAUAUAUGUAAAUAGAAAAAAAUAAUAUAUAUGUAAUUAUGGAAAUGUUCAUUGUGUUUUUCCCUGGCUAGUGAAGAUGUGGUAGGGAAUUUUAUUUUCUUCUUUAUUACCCAUAUUUUCCAAGUUUUCUGCAAUAAGCAUGUAUUACUUAUACCAAAAAACAGUAUUUAAUAAGAAAUUCAAACAAUUCUCUUUCCCAAUAGAAAGUCCACAUUAUUGGACGAUCAUAUAGUGCUUUCUCUUUCAGCCCAUCACUACUCCCAGUCUUGUAAUGUACUCUCUAGGAACACCGAACUGCUUAUGGUGUCAGUCUGUGGUCUACCCUGCCUCCUUCCACCCAGUACAAAGACGCUUUGUCACUUGGUGAGUGUUUUCAUUCUUUCUUAUACCUACAGGACAAUUACCCCCUAUAUCUUCUCAUCUUUGAAGAUUCACCUCAACCAACACCUCCUUCAGAAAAUCCUCCCUGAUAUCCUUCAUUCUCAUUCCCUCCCUUUCCACAACCUAGAAGUAAAGAAUGUCUGAGCUCUGACACUAUAAAACUCCUAGAGGAAAACAUAGGCAGAACACUCUAUGACAUACAUCAAAGCAAGAUCCUUUUGGACCCACCUCCUAGAAUCAUGGAAAUAAAAUCAAGAAUAAACAAAUGGAACCUCAUGAAACUUAAAAGCUUUUGCACAGCGAAAGAAACCAUAAACAAGACUAGAAGGCAACCCUCAGAAUGGAAAAAAUAGUGGCCUAUGAAACAACGGACAAAGGAUUAACCUCCAAAAUAUACAAGCAGCUCAUGCGGCUUAAUACCAAAAAAGCAAAUAACCCAAUCCACAAAUGGGUGGAAGACCUAAAUAGACAUUUCUCCAAAGAAGACAUACAGAUGGCCAACAAACACAUGAAAAGAUGCUCAACAUCACUCAUCAUCAGAGAAAUGCAAGUCAAAGCCACAAUGAGGUAUCACCUCACACCCAUCAGAAUGGCCAUCAUCACAAAAUCUGGAAACAACAAAUGUUGGAGAGGGUGUGGAGAAAAGGGAACUCUCCUGCACUGUUGGUGGGACUGUAAGUUGGUACAGCCACUAUGGAAAACAAUUUGGAGGUUCCUUAAAAAACUACAAAUAGAACUACCAUAUGAUCCAGUCAUCCCACUCCUGGGCAUAUACCCAAAGAAAACCAUAAUCCCAAAGGAAACAUGCACCAUAAUGUUCAUUGCAGCACUAUUUACAAUAGCCAGGACAUGGAAGCAACCUAAAUGCCCAUCAACAAAUGAAUGGAUAAAGAAGAUGUGGCAUAUAUAUACAAUGGAAUAUUACUCAGCUAUAAAAAGGGAUGAGAUGGAGCUAUAUGUCGUGAGGUGGAUAGACCUAGAGUCUGUCAUACAGAGUGAAGUAAGUCAGAAAGAGAAAGACAAAUAUUGUAUGCUAACUCACAUAUACGGAAUCUAAAAAUGGUACUGAUGAACUCAGUGACAAGAACAAGGACACAGAUGCAGAGAAUGGACUGGAGAACUCGAGGUUUGGGAGGGAGCGGGGGGUGAAGGGGAAACUGAGACGAAGCGAGAGAGUAGCACAGACAUAUGUAUACUACCAACUGUAAAAUAGUCAGUGGGAAGUUGUUGUAUAACAAAGGGAGUCCAACUUGAGGAUGGAAGAUGCCUUAGAGGA